CUUUGAUCCGCGAAUAUGUUGCUUGUUGCGCAUGCUCGACCUUAUGGACUUCCGUUUGAAGGUGGACAGAUGCCUCCCGUGUCAAGAAAAGUAAAUGCCGUUUUAUUGGGGCCACCUGGCUCUGGUAAAGGUACCCAGGCACCAAAGCUGGUAGAUGAAUACAAAGUAUGCCACCUUUCAACAGGGGAUAUGCUUCGAGCAGUCAUUGCUUCUGGUUCAGACCUUGGUAAGAGGGUCAAGGGGGUGAUGGACAAGGGGCAGCUGGUCAGUGAUGACCUUGUGAUAGAAAUGAUUGACAAGAACCUUGACAAACCAGAGUGUGCCAAUGGCUUUUUGCUGGAUGGAUUUCCUCGUACCAUAAAGCAGGCAGAGGCACUUGAUAAUCUGCUGGAUCAGAGGAAAUCAAAGCUGACUGCCUGUGUAGAAUUUAAAAUUGAUGAUUCUCUACUGGUGCGUCGAAUCACAGGACGUCUCAUUCAUCCACCGAGUGGACGAUCAUAUCACGUGGAAUUUAAUCCACCCAAAGUACCAAUGAAGGAUGACCAAACAGGAGAAGCUCUGAUAAGAAGAUCAGAUGACAAUGAAGAUGCAUUAAAGAAGCGCCUUGAGUCCUACCACAAACAAACCAGCCCACUGGUGGACUACUACAGCAAGAAAGGAAUCCACACGGCUGUGGAUGCCAAGCAAUCCCCUGGGGUCGUGUUCGCUGCCAUCCAAGCCGCCUUCGCAGGGAAAGCCCAAGACAAAUUACGACUCCACGGACAAGGAUGAUAGUUACAAAAAUUAUAUUGAAACAAAUUCGUCAUGACACUAUAUCAGAAUCACUAUCAAUGGACUUUUAAAUUAACCUCUGAUCUUCAUUUAUUAUGUACCAAAAUCAUUUCAAUCAUGUCAAUGGUGAGUUGAUUUCACUUUCCUCUAAAUUUGUGAUGCCAUAUCAUCCUCGUUAAUUUUUACAAAUUUUACUUCAAUAUAAAUAUGUAUUAUAUACAUGUACAUUUAAUUUAAUAUCAUAAUCAAUGUUGCAAUAUUCAUGCAUAUUUGAUAUUGAUGAAUAAUUUAUUUUCCUGAAAGAAAAUCUUAAUCAGCAUUUUGUGUUCCUACUUUUU